UGAGAUUAAGAUACAUACAACAAACUGAAGACAAGUGUGUAGGAAUUUUUAAUGUACACAUAAAUACUCUGCAUUCUAAAGGUUGCGCAUUUAAAUUGUUUGAGCAGAAUACCGUGUACAAAAGUAAAACAGAUGCUCAACGAUUGAAAAGAUUGUUAAUAUUCCAAAUAACAAGAUGACUCCAUCUGUGGUAUUUUUGCCGUCACUUUGGCUAAUUUCAAUGAUUUGUAUGCUGCCAUCAACGUACUCAACACAGUCUGGGAUCUACGUAGACAAUGGCAAAGAUCAAACCGUAAUGCAACGCGUGCUAAACGAUGACGACAAGAUGGAUGUUUCAUAUGAGAUCCUUGAAUUUCUGGGCAUUGCCGAUCGUCCACUGCACCAUAGAAAUCACGGCUUGUCGCUGCGUAAAUCGGCGCCCAAGUUUCUGCUGGAUGUCUAUCAUCGCAUCACAGCAGAGGAAGGACUCACUAUUGACAAUCAUAAUGAUCAUCGCCGUUCCAAGCGUGAGGCAGAUGAUAAUGAGCAGAAUUUUAUCACAGAUCUGGAUAAGCGGGUAAUCGAUGAGAGCGAUAUCAUUAUGACAUUCCUGAAUAAACGCAAUCACAACAUGGAGGAGAUGCGUCAUGAGCACGGCAGUCGUCUUUGGUUCGAAGUGUCCAACAUUCCCAGUGACAAUUAUCUCAUGAUGGCCGAACUUCGCCUUUAUCAAAAUUCCAAUGAGGGCAAAUGGAUGACGACCAACAAACAAUUCACAGUCACCGUUUACGCAAUAAACUCAGCCUCAGGAUCGGGGCAAAACUCGCUGGAACCACUGUCCUCCGUGAAUACGACAGGCGACUAUGUUGGCUGGUUGGAGCUAAAUGUCACGGAAGCUCUGCAUGAAUGGUUAAUUAAUGCCAGAGAAAAUCACGGCAUCUAUAUUGGGGCACAUGCUUUAAAUAAGCCUGAACGUGAGAUAAAGCUGGAUGACAUUGGAUUGACACAUCGUCGUGCCAAAGCGGACGAUGAGUACCAACCCUUUAUGAUUGGUUUCUUCCGUGGACCCGAACUUAUUAAAUCAACCGCACACAGCACGCAGAAGCGAACAAAGCGCAGCACUUUGCAUCAGCGCAAGAAGAAAAAGUCGGAGAUGAGCAAUCCCUUCAUGGAGAACACAAUGGAAAAUACGCGCAGCUGUCAAAUGCAAACACUGUACAUUGACUUCAAGGAUUUGGGCUGGCACGAUUGGAUUAUUGCUCCUGAGGGUUACGGUGCCUUCUAUUGCAGCGGCGAAUGCAAUUUCCCAUUGAAUGCGCAUAUGAAUGCCACCAACCAUGCGAUUGUCCAGACUCUGGUGCAUCUGAUGCAGCCGAAGAAGGUUCCAAAGCCAUGCUGUGCUCCCACACGAUUGGGAGCUCUUCCCGUCCUCUAUCAUCUGAACGAUGAGAAUGUCAACCUGAAGAAGUAUAAGAAUAUGAUUGUCAAGUCCUGCGGGUGCCAUUGAUUUAUGCUAUUUGUGUAUUUAUCUUUAAAUGUAAUAACAUAGCUCUGUAAUUAAUUAAUAACUGUAUACAACAUGUCAUUCUCUGUAAUCUGCAAUCUCAAAUAUAUUUUUGUAGAAAUAA